GGGGAACUUUUUUUUGCACUAUAGGCAACUCUGAGCUUCUUGUUGUUGAGCGGUGAGCGUCUCCUGUGCCCACACACACACACACACACACACACACACACACACACACACCACCACACAGCAGCGAGAAACAGUGAUGAAAAGCUCCGGUGUGAACAGAGCACCGACCGGGGACAGCAGCAGCAGCAGCGGGGCGGCGGCACGCAGAGACGAGCCGAGCAGCGGAGCCCAGUCGGAGCUGCUCAUGUACCUCACCUGUCUACCGGAGAGAUACCGGACCGCCAAGUUCACCCUCGCUGCUCACCUGCUCUGCUGGGCUCUGCUCCGAUGGUACCAGAAAAUCAGAUGCCAGUCUGCUCCUCAUCAGCCUCAGCCAGCCCUUGAAGAGUCCUCCCCCACUGAAGAAGUAUGUUUAGCGGAGGGCGAUCUGUGUCCUGGCUCACUGGCAUGGUGUGAGAGUGGCGUCGGAGAGGCCGACACAUCUGAUGAGUAUUUUGACUUCCGCUCUUGCCACAGUGACACCCUUUCAGACUUAAGUCCUGAUGAGGAGGACUCUUUGGAUGCCCUGCUGGGACUAGAGGAUGCCUAUGUUGGUCGGCUAACAUCGGGCAGCGACUUCCAAACUAGCCAGAGUAAAACCAGGCGGAGAGAGUCAGUGACCGCUAAGGACUCUCACAGAGAUGCAACAGAGACGUAUGCUGAACAAUUCACAUGUAGCAGGAGGAAAAGCCCAGAGAACCAUGUGGACCCUAAUGUUCCCUUGAAGCACAGUACCAGAGACCUUUGCUCAAUUGAGAUCAGAUCCCAUCAAAGAACAGAGGACCUAAACUUAGACUUGAACCAAAAACAUCCCUAUUUACAUGCUGUUGGCACGGAAACUCAAGUCAAGGAAACCUGGGAGCCAAGCAGCUUACAUGCACAAAGCCAACACAACACUAACACCUUUGCCACAAAGGUAAAUAGUACACAAGACACUCCGGAAGUGAAGUCACCUGCACUGCCUAAAGUAAGCAAUUCCAUCAGACAUAAUAAAUGGACAGACUCUGAAACAUGUUUGAUUCAAAUAGAUUCCACAGACAAUAAGAUUGUGGAGACACGACAACAGCAAAGAAGACCUGUGAAAAAUGUACAGACAGAACAGACUGAUAAAAAGACUGUAGGAGACACAGGGGAAGAAAUAUAUGAAAUCUGUAAUAAUGAGCCAUUUAGAACUUCCUCUUUGGAGAACACAGGUUUAGACAGAUGCACCAAUGACUGUAAAGAUAAACACCACAGAAGAAGAAAUGUAGAACCCCAGGGUACAAUCAAAGAUGGUAGCGAGAAAGAUGCCAGAAAAGUGCACAGUGAGGACACAAAUUACUUGCGGACUCAUUUCAGUAGCGCGCAUAGAAAAAACAAGUGUUAUUGUAGUGACAACACUUGCAUAAACUGCACAGGUUAUACUGAUGUAGAUGCACAAUUGCACUCUAAAUCUGAGACAAAUAACUCAGACUCCCAGACAGAAUUUUUUGGAGCAAGUCCAAACAUCAUAGAGACAUGUAAUGUGAGUAUUUGCUGCUCACAAUCUCAUUGUGAGGAGAGUCCAAAAAGAGGGCUGACGGACUUUCAGGAUUGUACAGGUGUAACAAAGCCCAAGGAUAAGCCAUGGGUGUCACAAGUCUGCUUCCCGGCAGAGCAGAUUAGGUGUUUUGGUGCUACAACAGAAGUAACUAAACCACCUAGGUUAGUAAAUGAAAUCUGUUCCUCUAUCACAUUUUCCAAGGAAACCACAGCCUUUGUUCCAUCAAAUACCUGUGCUUCUGAGCCGACUUUGGAUCUAAAGGUUUCUUCUCUAACCCCAAUGGUCCCAUUAGCAGACUCGGGCAAGAAGGAGCUCACUGAGGAGAAACCGGAUCUAAAACAACCUCAGAAUGAAGGGCUUCAACCACUGCAAGUUCUAGAUCUAGCUCAGGAUGUUAUCCCUAACCACUUGGAUCAGGUUUCUGCAGACCAAAGGCCUUACACAGUUAAAAUCCAAUUGGACACUGAUAAGGGGUCUGAAGAAUUCCUGCCUCAUCACACAUUCUCAAAAAAUGUGAAGCUUUGUUCGGGCAACCAAGGAUCGGUGGAUACCUCGCAGAAGAUCAGAUCACCCUGCUCUCUUCUCUUGCACAAUAAGAAGCCGGAGGUGGAGGGCAGCCGUGAUUACCUUGACCAGGAAGAAAUUGUGGAAGCAGUAAGCAAAAAUAAUCUUUCACCCUCACAACUUCGCACAACAGAGCUGUCUGGGCACAGUGAGCCUAGAAUAAUUCCCGUAGCUUUUGCCUGUGGUCUAGAUGCCUGCUUAACCAAUGUGCCUUGUCCGAUACCAGUGACAUCAACGUCAGGUUUUGCUUCUAAUGAGCUGAUUCCAUACAGUUGCAGAGAAGACCAAGAAGUAGUUGAUGUAGCUCAAAAGGUAACUUCCUCAACAAACACAAACACUACUGUCAGCACAAUUUCGAGUCACUGUAAACAAGUUUAUCCCAAGCAGCAGAUCCCUGAACCUCCCUGCAGCCUGCAAGCCAGUCUUUCUCUUCUCUCAGACUCCAAUAAUAACACCAGUGCCAAUUUAAAAGGUGCAGAGAGGGGUGGUGAUGUAGGUUGUUUCUCAGGAGAAACCCAGAGCAAGUUUGAAAGAAGUGGGAGAAAAACCUGUCCUUAUUUUGAGCCAUUAAGAAAUCGUAAUUCUGACUUGGAGAGCAUAGGCAUGCCACAGAUGUUACGGUCUUCUCUGGACCGAAGGCGUAGCUGGAGCAGUGAGGACAGUGACCUUGAUAACUAUAUCAAUUUAAGCUUGACUCGUGUAGAUGAGCCAAAAAAAAUAAAGACGGAGAGUAGCAGAGGGGAUAUCACUGUUGUUGAAAGUCAGGAGUAUGAGGGUUCUCACUCAAAAAGAAAUGAAAGCCCCUCUCACUUAGUGCUUAGUUCAGAUAGUCGAGGGCUUUUGGAGGACAGUGGAUUUAAAGAAGAGCAUCACUGUUGUAGAAAACCAGUGGAUAACAGCUUAUCUAACAGAGAAAUCAUUGGCUUGUCCCAAUCAUUUAAGGACUAUGCACUGGCCAAUGAGUGUAAAGACCACACACAGGUGAGCUUGCCAGCAUCCCAACAGGAAGUGAGAGUAGUAAGGUACUCUCAACCGGAUGUCAGCAUCAACGUGCUUCCUGUCAGUAGUUUAGAGCCAAUUCUGGAGGCUGAUCGCUGUCUAGAAAAAUGUGAAACAGCAGCAAAUGAUUUCAAAAUAGAAACUAAGAAAGACUAUGAGACAAUGAGUCAUGCUUAUGAAUUUAGGGAUGAUGUUAGCCUUUCAAGUUUCCAGAGUCCACACCAUCAGCAGAACCAGGAUUAUUUUAACCCUUCUAAGUUUGAAUCUGAGGAUAACCUUUCAAACCAAGAGCCCGGUAGCCCUAUGAAUGUUGCUUAUGAUGCUGUGUCUUACACCUCAGCUAGCAGCAGCUGUGAUGACUUGGAGGAUCCUCACUUUGCUCUGUCGGCUGCAAAUGUCAACAUUGAUAAAAUGAUCAAGAGAAGCAAAACAAAAGGCAACCAGACAGGAAAUAAAGGAUCUAAGUUUUUUGUUUUUUCUAAAAUCCCUUCUUUAAAGAAGGCUAAGGGCACAAAGGGUUCCAUAAGUGAGGAGGUACCCGACGAGGUGUCAGAUGGAGGAGGUGAGAGCUUUUUGACUGAGGAAGGCCUACAGAGGGACAACACAGACGAUGAGGUUUUUUUUAAAGAUGGCAUCCUCAAUCAAACAGCGCACCGUGCAUUAACAUCAUUGCAUUGUGAGACUGAGGAAGAGGACUAUGGCUUUUUCUCCUCUUCUCCCAACCCUUGCCAUGUUCUUCAGCUAGUCAGUGAGGGGAGCAGCAAGGGAGGUUAUGGAGUACCAAGUCCAGACAACCUCCUCUUGGGGCAGGUCCAGUCACCUAAUGGCCAGGCUUACAGGAAGGGCAAGAGCAAUGACAAUUUAAACCUCCGCAUGCGCUUUGCACAAGCACACAAGUCCCUUUCCAGCCUGUUUGAGUCCCGUUCAAUGGACAAAGAUAAUGAUGAGCAGGCCACUGGUGACAUUGAUAAUCAUUCUGGUAAAUCAAAACAAUCCUGGAGGAAGCUGAAAAAGGCCAAGGAGGCUGAGAUUUUAAAAAGAACUAUUUCAGUGCAAGAUGGGGAAUGUAGAAGUAAGGCUUCUUGGAUGGAAUGUGGAGACUUUUCGUCCUCUCUCCUCCUCCACAAGCUCAGCAGUCAAAGGUCACCAUCCUCCCUCAGAGCACUUUGCCACACGGAUCCCAUCUCAAAGCGUGGAGUUCCACAAGGAAGUGUAAAGGAAAACCUCCAUGGGUGUAAAUCUGAGGGUCAGCGAAGAAAGGGUUCACUACAGGGUCCUCCUACCACUGUGUGUGUGUCUGGCCCAACGCCGCUUUUAAAUGACAUUUUUUCCCCCCUGUCCAGUCAAACCUCACCUCUGAGCCCCUUGUCACCAGUUUCCCUUAUUCAUCAAGUUUUGCCAUCCCAGAGCAGGUGCCAACCUGAGCAUUCCACUGAGAGCCCCCUACGGCCAAUGAGUCCGAAACCUAGUCCUAGCCCUAAACCGGGGACUCAGCGCAAAAUAUAUUGUUACCCUCUCUUAGCAAAGGCUAGUUCUGUUUCUCCGAUCCUUCUGAGCCAGUCAGUUAGCGAGGAGGGAUUGGCAGAUCCCCCUGAGAGACCUAAAACCCUCAAACCCUCAACCAGCCCUGUGGGACUCAGCCUCAGCCCUCAGGAUUUGGCGGAAAGCAGAAUUGACUGCCAUUCAAACAUCAGUCUGUAUGCCAUUGGCUGCAACAGCGAAUUAGAGGGCACAAAAAAUGUUGACCAAACUUCCUGCCAGACCAGAAAAAGAAAGCUGUUUGUGGAGAAGACAGAGGGGAAAGCUUCUGUGGUUCCUGGUUGGUUGAGGGACGGCCACUGGGUGGUUAUGGUCGAUAAUGGAAGCGGCCAGCAGCGACGGCAAAAGUGUUCAGAUGACCUAUGGAUUGAAGAGCAAAAGAAAAACAAACGUAAACUGGCCAGAGUCAUCAGGGGGAGCCUGGGCCAACUCCACACAAUGUUAUCUCAAGACAUGGACAAAACUGAUCAUGGAGUCACCUUAGGGCCCAUUGAAGCCUUCCAUGGGAAGCCCCUUAAGGCUCACUGCUUUUCCCAGAGCACCCCCAUUGGUCUUGACUGCCUAGGCUGGAGGAGCCGCGUCUUAUACUCCUCUGUGGUCGUUCCUGACGGGGCUUCAGAGAAGGCAGGGUUUGGAGAUGACCUGGGCAGUGAAGAGGACCUGCUGUAUGAAGAGUUUCGCAGUUCCGGACAUCGUUUUGGACACCUGGGAGGAGGAGGAGGAGAACAGUUGGCCAUCAACGAGCUGAUCAGUGAUGGCAGCGUGGUAUAUGCCGAGGCUCUCUGGGACCAUGUCACCAUGGAUGAUCAGGAGCUGGGCUUCAAGGCUGGUGAUGUCAUCGAAGUAGUGGACGCCACCAACAAAGAGUGGUGGUGGGGUCGAAUCAUGGACAGUGAGGGCUGGUUCCCUGCCAGCUUUGUGCGGUUGCGUGUAAACCAGGAUGAGCCCAUGGAGGAGUACCUGGCCCAUCUGGAGGAGGCUCAGGCAGGAGAAAAGGACCGGGCAGGUCUGGGCUUGUUGCUGGGACCUGGUUUACCCUGCAAAGAGCAGAUGAGGACCAAUGUCAUCAAUGAGAUCAUGAGCACAGAGAGAGACUACAUCAAACACCUGAAAGACAUCUGUGAGGGUUAUAUCAAACAAUGCCGCAAGAGGACGGACAUGUUCAACGAGGAGCAGCUUCGUACUAUCUUUGGCAAUAUCGAAGAGAUCUAUCGAUUCCAGAGAAAGUUCCUGAAAGGUCUGGAAAAGAAAUUCAACAAGGAGCAGCCCCACCUCAGUGAGAUCGGCUGCUGCUUCCUAGAACAUCAAACAGAUUUCCAGAUAUAUUCCGAGUACUGCAACAACCACCCCAAUGCCUGCGUUCAGCUCUCCAAGCUCAUGAAGGUCAACAAGUACGUGUUUUUCUUUGAGGCCUGCCGACUGCUCCAAAAGAUGAUUGACAUUUCCUUAGAUGGCUUUUUGCUCACCCCCGUUCAGAAGAUUUGCAAGUACCCACUGCAGCUGGCCGAGCUGCUAAAAUACACCAACCCUCAGCACAGGGACUACAAAGAUGUUGAGGCAGCCUUAAAUGCCAUGAAGAAUGUGGCCAGACUUAUCAAUGAGAGGAAACGGCGCCUUGAGAACAUCGACAAGAUCGCCCAGUGGCAGAGCUCAAUAGAGGACUGGGAGGGUGAAGACGUCUUGAGUAGGAGCUCUGAUCUCAUCUUCUCCGGGGAGUUGACCAAGUUGUCCCAGCCUCAGGCCAAGAGUCAACAGAGAAUGUUUUUCCUCUUUGACCAUCAGAUGGUUUACUGCAAAAAGGAUCUCUUGCGCCGGGACAUGCUGUACUAUAAGGGUCGGAUGGACAUGGACCACAUGGAGGUGAUAGACGUGGAGGACGGCAAGGAGAAGCAUUUCAACAUCAGCGUGAAGAACGCCCUGAAGCUACGGUCGCUAGCUGGUGACGAGGUCCAUCUUUUGUGUGCCAAAAAGCCCGAACAGAAACAGCGUUGGCUACGAGCUUUCACUGAUGAGAGGAGUCAAGUCCAGCAUGACCGCGAGACAGGCUUUUCUCUCACAGAGGUCCAGAAGAAACAGGCCAUGUUGAAUGCCUGCAAAAGCCAUCCAGCUGGAAAACCUAAAGCGGUGACCAGACCCUACUACGACUUCCUCCUGCGACAGAAACACCCCUCUCUCCCCACUGCUCUGCCCCAGCAGCAGGUCUUCAUGCUUGCCGAGCCCAAGCGCAAAACCUCCACUUUCUGGCAUAACAUUGGCAGACUGACACCUUUCAAGAAGUAAAAAAAACAACAACAACAACAACAACAACAGGAAGGAAAAGAAAAGCAGUGGAGGGAGGGACAAGAGGAGGAGAAAGAGAAAGAGCUCUCUGCUCGUGCCUGAAUAGACCCUUUUUAAUUCUUCCUCUCCUUUCUUUCUUUCAUACUCCUAACAACGCCCUAAUUGUCAUACUGAUUUAUUGUAUAGAUGAGAAUGAUUAUGAUGAGAAGAUUAUUUUUGAAAGCACUUUAUAGGUUGGUUAACAAUCAGAUUUAAAUAUGGUCUCCUGGAGACGGUGAGUCAAAAAGGGAGAGCGGACUAAAACUUCUUCUACACCUUCAAUCAAGCGCCGGUUGGUACUAACAUGACUACUGUACUGCUGCAAGUGAACGUGGGACAACGGACAGUUCCACCUCACUGAAUAUGUUGGCUGUCUACAAAAAAUGUUCUUUGUUCUAUUGUUUUAUGAUUUGAAAGAUGCCAAGUGCUCACAGUGCCCAAGUAUUUGUUUUAUUUGUUUAUUUUAUGUAUACAAUUAAAGAAAAGGUCAAAUAGGGAUUCUAUGGUAUGUGUCUACAUUGGAACAAAGUGAAGGGUAUGUAGGUGAUACAAAGUUUACUGUGCUUUACUACUUGCCAGUAGUACUUUCAGUCAAAUGUCUGCUGACUUGUUGAGUAUUUCGUGAUCUCCAUCAGCGAGAACUUGUUGUGUAUGUCUGGUGCAUUAUUGACAUCGUGCACACUUGAUUAAGUCAUGAAAUGCAGACAGCAGAAGAUUCGUUAUUAUCAAAAACUAGGAACUUUUAUUUCAACAAACAGCAGAAAUGUACACACUCCAGCAACACACAUUCCUUGAGUCUGAUCCUUCGACUCCUCCUUAUAACCUCCAUGUCAAGUAAGUAAACGAACAAGCUGUUUUUUCUUCCUUUAUUCCUUUUUUAAGUGCCAUUUGAAGUGUGUCAAUGAUGAUUUACAAUGACGUGCAUGGAUGUGUUGAAAAAAAAAAAAAACUACUGUGAAGAAUAUUUUUUUAUCUCUGAAGACCCCUUGCUAUAUUUAACUAGAUUCAGGAACUGAGGUUUCAAUGUGCUACUAGGCUGACAGCAUUAAUUACACUCUGAUGUUCUUUUAUCUACCUGUACUUCUGAUCUCCAGUAUUCCUGCUCUGUGUAUCCGGUCUUCAUUAUAAUCUCAUUUCAGAUCAAUGCAGCCCAGUAAUAUUGCUCUGUAAGUGCAUUCAGUGAAAUGUACUCCUUUCACUUUUAUGUUCAAGUGUUUUCGCUUCUGACAAUAUGGAAUAUUAAACUUUCCUAAGCUGACAAAACA